UUGUGCAUUUGCGACUUUUCAACUGCAUGCAUUAGUCUUUUUUAAGCAAGUUCAGUUGUAAGAAAUUUGAAUGCUCAUGUUUGCCUCCACUGAGACUUGAACCCUCAAAUUCUCUAUGCUAAGUCCUGCAGAUGCAUGCAUUAUUCAUUUUAGUCUUUUGAACAAAUAUUGUUGUAUUGCUGUUGUGUAGGAAAAUCAAGCGUUAACGUUUUGUUGUACCUAAUCUGAUAUUCUAGGAUUGAUGUGAUCGGAAAUGAUUGUUUGUAGUUAUGAUUAGUUGUUGGGAGAUGAGGGUAUUAAAGAGAAGUUCAGUGGCAUGCCAUUUUAUAUGUUUGUGGUUUUGUCUGAACUGAUUGUUACUUGUUUGUUAAAGAUUGAAGCCGGACAUGAGGUUAGUAAAGUAAGGACCGUCUCAAACUCAGAGUAAAUUUGAUACUACUAUAUUGGUAGGUGGCUAAGUGAUAAUAACAAGUAUAUAAAUGUAAGUGUACAAAUUUUAUAUAUGUAAUCACUGUCCUCUAAACUAUUCAAGGCAUUAGACUUAAAAAAUAUAAGAUAAAGAAUGAAUGCAUAUUGGAACUUAGGAAGUCCAGCACUUGAAUUCACUAUUUUUGUUUUUGGUUAUGAGAUGGGAUAUACCAGAAGAGAAUCAGAGUAAUUUUUUUGACUCAGGGGAUACGAUACGCCUUUACCACGAGGGUAUCUCUUGAUCCUGAUCCCGGGUUCACUUUGGACUAGGAUUUCUUUUAUUCUAUUGAGUUUCUACUAUUAUAUUAGUUCUUAAAUUUUGUGUGUGAGAGCAGUCUGUUAAUGUAUAAGUUUUCCCAAAGAGAGUAAGCUAAAGGGUUGACUCGAAGGCAACUCUAGGAUUGGAAGCUUUCCUUCAGUGACAGAGUUCAGUGUGGUUGUGUCUUUGGUGUUUUCUUUAGAUGUUCAGGAACUCCCUAAAAAAGAAACCCUACAGCAUCCGCAGAGUUUGGAUUUUUAUAGUGCAAAGCAGAAUUAAGAUGUAAAGUUUUCUAUUCAAAUCUCCAAUUCUGUUAGAGAGUGUUAAAAGUUGAGCUUAGCAGUUGUAGGCAAAUUAGCAAGCUAAUGAAUGUGGCGUGCUUGUUAUUAGUUUGAAGUUCUGUUUCAUGUGCUGUGGUAAUGACAUCUGAUUUGUGAUUCAAUUCACGUUAAUCAUGUCAUAAUAACUGGAACCUGUAUCAGUAGAACUGAGCUUGUCUUCAUUACUUCAACUAAUUGCUAUGCUAAAUUUUACCGCUCCUUGUUUAAUUUACAUUUAUGUCAAGGAUGGCAAAGAUAACAAUCUGGAGUUGCUCCAUAUACAUAAUAUUUUCAUUUCCAACGUGUUGUACCAUAUAUUUGUACCUGUACGUUCAUGAGAUCAUCAUCACAGCUUCACAAGAUUAUUUUUUUCUAGCGACAAGAUCACGAGUUCACACUCUACCUUCUUACCAUACUUAAAAAGUAAGUAAACUACACAAGAAAACUAAACAUAGUGGUGAGUUCUGUUGUUGCACAUAUUUUAAGUGCAUUAGGUGAUUACUAUAAUAACCAACUGUUUCGGACAUAAACUAUUAUAAUUUAAACUAAUAACUUUGUGAGGAAAUUUCCUUUGCCUGAAUUAGCUCAAUUAAGCUAUGAAAUACUGGGAAGAAGUCUUUUUUUUAAGUUAGGAUGAUGAAAGUCAACAAUGAUGGUAACAGGAAACAGUUACAUAUAGUUAUUAUAAUAGACUACAGAUUUUAAAAGAAGAAGAAGAAGAUAAAUAUGACAAGGUUUGAAAUGAUAUGUAUAUCUACAUAUACGUUGAAUAGAAUAGUUGUUUUUCUCAAACCUGCACGCAACAGGCUGGGAUAUUAGUAUAUUCACUUUAUAUAAUGAUCCUUUAUAUACAAGGAUGUAGAUGCCAUAGUAGAAAAACCAGGAAUCUUCCGUACAUGAAAAGAGGUGAUAGAUAGAUGAAGGAGAAAGAAUUGGAUUAUAUACUGGUGCCAGCGGGUAUUGCAAUCUUGGGAUCAUAUCAUAUAUGGCUUCUCUUUACUAUACACUACUAUCCGGCAAAAACUAUCAUUGGAACGAAUGCUCAGAGUGGUCGCCAAUGGGUUUUCAACAUGAUGAAUGAUCCAAUGGGGAAUGGUGUUCUAGCAAUUCAAACAAUACGCAACAGCAUAAUGGCAUCCACCGUUCUGGCAACAGCUGCUAUAUCUCUCAGUGCCCUGAUCAGCGUUUAUAUCAGCAGUUCAUCUGAUGUUGACAGUAUAUCAUCAGAGCUAGUAUAUGGCAACAAGACCGAUAUUAUAAAUUCAAUCAAGUACUUUACUAUCUUGCUUUGCUUUCUUCUAGCAUUUCUUUGCAAUGUGCAGUGCAUAAGGUAUAAUGCUCAUGUGAGCUUCUUGAUUACGCUGCCUGGUUCUAACAGUAGUACUCAAUCUAUGGAAUAUGUGGCGAGAAAUAUGAAUCGUGGAAGCUUCUUUUGGUCUCUUGGCCUAAGAGCAUUUUACUUUUCAUUUCCGCUCUUCCUAUGGGUGUUUGGACCGAUACCAAUGUUUGUUUGCUGUUGUACCAUGUCAGUUGUGCUCUAUUUCCUGGAUACGACAACUAGUUUCACUAGGAAUCUUCAUAAACAGUGCAUCAAAGACAAUACUAAAGUCGAGGAUGUAGAAUCUGGUGCGCAGACAUAGUAUUGUAUUACUUGAAAGUUUGAAAGAUUGUAGUAUUUGUUAGUUUCAGAAGUUAUUCCUCUUCAAAGUCGAUCAAUUGUAAGAAAUGUUCAAGGGUUUUGUUUUCAAGUUAGUAGUGCUGGUGUAAUACUUUGUUUAUUGUUAAUAUCGCUUAUUUGAAAGUGUUAUGUCGAGA